UUCAGGGACUCUUUGGUAAAGACACUGGUUAUGACGUCAAGCUUGUAACAGUAGAAGAACCAUUUUUUGGUGCUAUAGAGAACCAUACACAGUACAUUCUCCAUCAAAGGACCGUUUGAGCAUGCAAGUGGCUCUUCGAGUGAACAUAGGUUUAUAUAGAACCGGUGUCUUUACUACAGAACCCUUGAAGAACCAUCUUUUUUUAAGAGUGUACUAUAGUUUAUGUAUGCAUUAAUGUACUGUGAGCUCUCCCAGUCUAAGAACACUGUAAUUAUAAUAGUAAUUACAAUCAUAAUUCAUUUUCUAUGAAUAGACGUUUAUGAUUGAUUUAUUUGUGUACACGUUUUCCCCUUUCGAUAAGUGAUAUUUUGAAUGUUUAUUUAUCGGUUGUAUACCUUUUUCUAUGAAACCACCGCAGUAUAUUUUCAUUUAUGCCUUGGUUCGUUUGUUGAUGUGAGCAGCUCCCUCUGCGCGUUCACCGCAGCACAGCACUUUCCCCCCAGCCUCGCGAACGCGCGUGCACGCUCUGCGCUUCCUGACGUGCGCGUCACCGCGCCUUUCUGUCAGUUGAGCGGUUGGCGUUACUCUGAGGCGGCAGCUCGUUUGACGGCUUUGAGCUCAAGACGUGGCCGAUUUUCAGCAGGUUUUUAGCAGAUUUUUCAUCUUUUAUCAACUUAAAGCUGAUAAUGAACGUCUUCUCGGUCCACUUUUCCGCCGUGGAAUGAGCCGAGCUCUGUUUGUUUGUCUCUCUCGCUGUCGCGGACUAGCACAGCCGGCUAGCUAAACAAGCUAACGAGACUAGCGAGUUGCUGUGCUUUUGCUUAAUAUUCUUUCCGUUUGUGGAUAAAAGAAAACGUUACCACAGGAAAAUGAAAGCGGGGUUAUCUCGGGUGCUUUUGGACCUGCAUGACCCGCAUCUUGUGGCCCGUUUCCAGCAGCUGUGCGGGGUGAGCGGGACGUUCACGAGGAGCGAAGUCGAGGUGAACGGCGGCAUCGGCGGGGAGACAGCAGGCUGUGUCCGGCAGAGAGCAGCCCUGUCGGGCGUAGAGGAGAGGAGGAGGGAGGCGAAAGGGGACCGCUGUAACAACAACGGCGUGGCCAACGGGACGCCGGCGCUGUCCGCCUCUGCCGUCGGCGCUGGGGAAACUGUGGCCACCGUGAAGCCGCUGCGCAGGAACUCUUUAACCGGCGACGCGGGCCACGAGUUCCACAUCGGCAACCGGCUCCUGUACUACCUCUUCACCUGCGGCACCGAGCUGGGCAACGAGCUCUUCUACAUCAGCUUCUUCCCCUUCCUCGUGUGGAACGUGGACGCGUUGGUGGCGCGCCGCCUCAUCGUUGUCUGGGUCUGGGUCAUGUACCUGGGUCAGUGCACCAAGGAUGUGAUCCGCUGGCCGCGGCCAGCCUCGCCGCCCGUGGUCAAAGUGGAGGUCUUCUACAACUCGGAGUACAGCAUGCCGUCCACGCACGCCAUGUCCGGGACCGCCGUGCCUCUGGCGCUGCUUCUGCUCACCCACGACCGCUGGGAGUAUCCGUUCCUGCUUGGAGUCGCUCUUGCUCUCAGCUGGUGUGUACUGGUGUGCGUGAGCCGAAUCUACAUGGGCAUGCAUUCUGUCCUGGACGUCAUUGUUGGUUUCCUCUACAGCUUGCUAAUCCUGGUGGUUUUCAGUCCCGCCCUGGAUGUGAUCGACACGUUUAACCUGUCCUGUCGCUACGCUCCCAUCCUGAUAGUGUCCCUUCACGCAGGCAUGGGGCUCUUCUCCUUCACCCUGGAUACAUGGAGCACCUCUCGGGGCGACACCGCUCAGAUCCUGGGCACCGGGGCUGGAAUAGCCGUGGCGUCCCACCUUAACUACCAACUGGCCCUGAUCCCAGAUCCUCCAGCCUCCAUGCUUCCUUUACCGCCACCGACCCUCAGCUUCAGUCUGGUGGGGCUGUGUUUGCUCAGAUUCGUGCUGGGAGUGCUAAUCCUUUUAGCAACAAGAGCUGUGAUGAAGGCCCUUACCAUCCCUCUCGUGUGCUGGUUUUUCGGAGUUGCAAGCGGAGAUGUCAGGAAGGCCAGGCAGAACAUGCAAGUAGAACUGCCGUACCGGUAUAUCGUAUACUGGACAGUGGGAUUCAGCGCGUUCUUCCUUGUGCCCACCUUCUACUUUUACAUUGGCUUAUCCUGAUUGGGUGGAAGGAAUGUCCAUCAAGCGUGGUGUCCAAUCAGAUUUCUCUCUGACUGCUGAAUGGAGCUAAUGCCAGCCUUUUAGCACUGCAAAAAAA